AAAACAAAUUAAAGGAGAUCCAUGUCGCCGGAAAGUGACAUCACGAUGCCAUCUCCGGCAUCUUUCCGUCUCCGGUGGGAUGUGUUCCUGAGCUUCCGCGGCUCCGACACCAGGGAGGCCUUCACGGAGGACCUCCACGGCGCUCUCGAAGCCGCUGGCGUGCGCGCCUUCAUCGACAACGAAGGAUUACAGCGUGGCGACUCGAUCUCGCCGAGUCUGGUGGAAGCAAUCGCGGAUUCCGCCGCCGCCAUUGUUAUUCUCUCGCCCGACUACGCUUCCUCGCACUGGUGCCUUGAGGAGCUGGCGAAGAUCUGCGAGUGCGGUUGGAAGCUGGUGCUGCCCGUUUUCUACCGGGUUGACCCGUCUCAUGUCCGAAAACAGAAGGGACCUUUCGAGAAGGCGUUUCGGUUGCACGAAGAGAGUGAGAGGUUUAGGAAUAAGGUUGCCAGUUGGAGGAGUGCUAUGAACAAAGUUGGUGGAAUUGCUGGUUGGGUUUUUGGUGAUCAUAAUAGCAACAAGGAUCAGUUAAUUCGAGUUUUGGUGCAAACGGUUUUGAAGCAGAUGAGGAAUACUCCAUUGACAGUGGCACAGUAUACAGUUGGGCUUGAUGACAGAGUUGCAGAGUUAAGGAAGUUACUUGACGUAAGAUCCAGUGAUGUCAAAGUGAUAGGAUUGUAUGGAAUGGGAGGGGUCGGUAAGACAACUCUGGCCAAGGGACUCUUCAACAGCCUUGUUGAUCAUUUUGAUAGACGCAGCUUCAUCUCAAAUGUUAGAGAAGUUGCAAACAAUGAAGAUGGUAUGGUUUCACUCCAGGGAAGAAUUCUUGGUGAUCUUUCCCCUGGAACUGAGAAUCCCAUCAAUGAUGUUAAUGCUGGUAUUUCUGCGAUCAAAAGAAUUGUAGAGGAAAAUCGAGUUCUGGUUUUUCUUGAUGAUGUUGAUGAUGUAAAACAGCUUGACUCAUUAAUUGGUAAGAGAGAAUGGUUUUCUAAAGGAAGCUGUGUUGUGAUUACUACACGGGACAGAGCAGUUUUACAGGAGAGGUAUGUUAAUGUGAAGUAUGAGGUGAAGGAAUUGAAAGAGUCUCAAGCACUGGAAUUGUUCUGUUACCAUUCCGAGUGGAAAGACACACUGUUGAAGCUUAGAGAUAUUCGGCCGGAUAAACUUCAAGGUGCUCUGAAGAUCAGCUUCGAUGCCUUGGAUGAACAAGACAAGUGUGUGUUCCUUGACAUUGCUUGCUUGUUUGUGCAAAUGGAAAUGAAGAGGGAUGAUGUGGUUGAUAUACUAAAUGGUUGUGGUUUUAGAGGGGAGAUUGCAAUAACGGUCUUAACUACAAAGUGUUUAAUUAAGACCAUUAAGGAUGGUGUAGUGUGGAUGCAUGAUCAGGUUAGAGACAUGGGAAGGCAAAUUGUUCAAAAUCAAAGUAUUCUAGAUUGUGGUUCACGUAGCAGGUUAUGGGAUCGUCAUGAAAUCUUGGGUGUCUUGAAGAAUAAGAAGGGAACAAGAAAAGUUGAAGGUAUUGUACUUGAUUGUGUAAAGAGGAGUCUGGCUAAACCUAGAGACCGUACUGCUGAAGAGAUUACCUGGGACAAUUUUCGACAAAUGCCAGGUUACAAAACAGCAUCAGCAUAUAUGAAGGCAAAGUAUAAGAACUAUGUGGAGCAUAGAGGAGAGAAAGCAAAAAAAUUUACACUUGAUACAAAGGACUUCCAACCUAUGGUUUCCUUAAGGUUGCUUCAAAUUAAUUAUUCAAGACUUGAAGGACAGGGCAAAUUUCUGCCUCAAGGAGUAAAGUGGUUACAAUGGAAACAAUGUCCUCUAAAGAACAUGUCUUCUUCCUAUUAUCCAUUGGAACUUGCCGUGCUUGAUCUCUCGGAAAGCAAGAUUGAAACACUGUGGGGAAAGCAUCAUAACAAGGUAGCUGAGUGCCUGAUGGUUUUAAACCUCUCCAGUUGCCACCAUUUAGUUGCAAUUCCGGAUUUAACUGGUUACCAUUGUCUAAAAAAGAUUGUAUUGGAGAACUGCACUGCUUUAACUAGGAUUCAUGAAUCAGUUGGAAAUUUAAGUACCCUGGUUCACUUGAACUUAGGCACAUGCUAUAACCUUGUUGAGUUACCUAGUGAUGUCUCUGGGUUGAAACAUCUCGAGGACUUGAUUCUUUCUGGAUGUUGGAAAUUGAAAGCAUUACCAAAGGACCUAAGCUGCUUGGUCUCUUUAAGAAAGCUUCUCAUUGAUGAGACUGCCAUAACUGUGUUACCUGAUUCCAUCUUCCACCUCACCAAACUGGAAAAGUUGAGUUGCAGUGGUUGCCGUCUUUUGAGAAGGAUACCCACCAGCAUUGGGAAACUCUGUUCUCUGCGAGAAUUAUCACUAAACCAUACAGCUUUGGAUGAAUUACCUGAUUCUAUUGGAUGUUUGCAGAAUCUUGAGAAACUUGGUUUGGUUGGGUGUAAGUCCCUCUCUAUUAUUCCAGAUUCUGUUGGGACACUAAUUUCAUUGACACAUUUGUUUUUGGAUGUCAGUGGAAUCAAAGAGUUGCCUGAUUCUAUUGGUUCUUUAUCAUAUCUAAGGCAAUUGUCUGUUAGUGGCUGCACUUCUCUUGGUGAAUUGCCUAUGUCAAUAAAGGCAUUAGUCUCUCUUGUUGAGCUUCAUUUAGAUAAGACACCAAUUACUAUUUUGCCUGAACAUAUAGGGGCCAUGAAAAUGCUACAAAAGCUUGAGAUGGCGAAUUGUAAAGAUCUCAAGUUUCUACCUGCAUCGAUCGGAGACAUGUCGGCCCUUACUGCCUUGGACAUGUAUAACACUAAUAUUACUGAAUUGCCAGAGUCAAUUGGAAUGUUGGAAAAUCUUAUUCAUUUGAGGAUAGACAUGUGCAAAGAGCUCAAAAGGCUUCCAAAAUCCUUGGGAAAUUUGAAAUCUCUAUGCUGGUUACAGAUGAAGGAAACAGCAGUUACACAGCUACCUGAUAGCUUUGGGAUGCUUUCAAGAUUGGUAAAAUUAGACAUGGAAAGAAGGUAUUACCUCAAUAUGGUUGGAGACAAGAAUACUGAAGAACCCAAUUCAGUUGGAAUCUUAAGAAGUUUUUGUAAACUAACCUUGUUGCAAGAGCUAAAUGCACAUGGAUGGAGAAUAGCUGGAAAAAUCCCAGAUGAUUUUGAAAAGUUGUCAUCACUAGAAACUCUAAAUUUAUGCCACAAUAAUAUUAUCAGCCUUCCAGCCAGCAUGAGAGGCCUUUCCUGUCUAAAAAAGCUUUUGUUGUCAAAUUGCACUCAGCUCAUUUUUCUGCCAUCUCUUCCCUCUAGCUUAGUAGAGGUCGAUGUUGCGAACUGUAUUGCAUUAGAGCGCAUAUCUGAUAUUUCAAACUUAGAUAACAUAGAGGAGUUGAACCUUACAAAUUGUGAAAAGCUGGAAGACAUACCAGGUAUUGAGCACUUAAAGUCCUUGAGAAGAUUGUACAUGAGUGGAUGCAUUGGAUGCUCCCAUGCUGCUGCGAUGAGAAGAUUUUCCAAGGAUCUGCUUAAAAAUUUACGGAUUUUGAUUAUGCCUGGAAGCAAAGAUAUUCCAGAUUGGAUUUCAGGAGAAUCAAUUAUCUUUUCCAAGAGAAGGAACCGUGAGCUUAAAGGUAUUAUUUGUGCCGGUGUACUCUCUUUCGACGGUAUACCUGAAAACCAAAGAGAUGCCUUGCAGUUAGUGGAUGUUCAGGCAAAAGUCUUCAAUUUGACUGAUAAUGUAUAUAGCACUACGUUUCGCCUGUUAGGUGUACCUAGGACAAAUGAAGACCACAUCUUCUUGCACAGAUUUGGAGCUCAUACUUCAUUGGUUCACCAGUUGAAAGAUAAAUACACCUUGCAUUUGACAAAGCGGAAUGCACCCUUUGUUCAGGAGUUGAAGCUGAAGAGCUGCGGAAUUCAUUUGGUCUUCGAAGGUGAUGAUGACUAUGAAGGAGAUGAAGAAUCACUAGAUGAAAGCCAAUAUUCGGUGUCACAAAAAUUAGCCAAGUUCUUCAACUCUUGUUAUUGCCCGAGAUCGCAUUUGCAUGUGAAUACAAGUACGUCAAAUGAACCACUUGAGAUCGGGAGGAGUAUAACAAGAAGCACAGUUCCAGACCCAUGGCUUCGUUCCAUCCUUUUUAGUGCGACAUUUUUGUGUGCUUUGAGCUAUUUAUACUUAAGAUACCUCAAUUUUUGAAGAAUGUUGAAGAAUUCUUUCCAAUUUUGAUCUGCUUAUGGCAUAUCUUCUCAUGUUUUUUGAACCCUAGAUGUAUUGACUUGAAAAGAAAAGCAAACCUAAACAUUAAACACGUAUAUGAGGUACAUUCUUUGUCAAUGAUACAAUACAACCCAUGUCCAGAUAUGCAAAAAACACUAAAAGAAAAGAAAAAUAUUGAACACUUGGCAUUUGAAAAAUGAUACUAU